GAGACCAAAAACCCUUUAUAUACUUACUUCUUAUUAAGAAACUUUUUACUGAUGUCCGUUUAAUAGUUCUUUUAAAAUUCUAACCUUCUUCAUGUAAUGACUUUUUAGUUGACAUUAUGUUGCGUCUCUGAAUAUUUUAUUUCGUAAUAAUUUCUUUCAUAACAUUUUAAUCAAUUUUAAUAGACAUUAUUUCGAGUUUUAUGCAGUUUUAAUAUUUUUUUUCACUUUGCAUUUCAUAUAUUUCGGAAAACUCUUUUUAACAGAAAAUGUCUCAUGUACUACAUGAGCCUAUCGAUGAGAUUCAAAAGUACUAUGAUCAUGUAAUGUUCUCUAACAGAUGGAGCCGACCCUUUAGAUCAACACCAUUUAUUAUAACAUUCAGUGAGCACAUUAUCUCAGAAUUUGAUAUUCACAGCUUUAUACAAUUGGGACUGAGAGUUGUUCAGUUUAGAAUGACAAAAAUUACCAAAUCCGACAAAGUGCAACUAUUAGAACUAUUAGACAGAGCCUUAAAAUGGUGCUGCGAGAAAUAUGAAGUGUCUGCAUGGCCAGUGGGCCUUACCAUUGACGUACCCAAUGCUGUCAUCAAAACAGGACUUAGGGAAAACACGGAUCAAGAAUACAUAACGAUAAAAGAAGGAUCAUAUAUUAUUAUGACAGGUGAUAAAAAAUAUGCUGCAAAAUGUAAUGAAUCAAGAGUUUACAUGAAUGAUCACUUUACUCUCGCUACUUUAAAAGUUGGUGCAGAAAUCACCAUUGAUUUUGGAGAAAUAAUGUUAGAAUGUUCAGAAUUAAUAGACAGUAAAAACAUAAAAUGCCUAGUGAAGAAAGGAGGACAGAUUAAAGAUCUGGAGACAGUUUGUAUACGUGGCGUGAGACAUGUCAAACCAGCGUUAAUGAAAUCGGACAUGGAAAUUAUUAAUUUUGCUAAAGAAUACAGUUUUGACAUGGUUACUAUAAACUCAGUUCGGUAUCCAACGACUCCGGGGACAAUACGAGCGCUGUUUCCGGAUAGAGAUCCCUUAAUAAUAAGUGCUAUCUGCGAACAAGAGGGUUUAGAUAACAUCGAUGAAAUUAUCAAGAAUUCUGACGCUAUCAUCCUGGCCAGAGAAUUUUUGGCUUAUGAAAUAGCAGAUAAAUUCAAAAUGAUCAGCAUACAAUUAUACGUUUGUGGGAAAUGCCGACAGUAUGGGAGACCUUUAUACGUAUCUGGCAAUAUUUUGGAAGGCCAGAAUUACAGCGAAAAGCUAUCUGGGUGCGAUGUGAACGAUAUCACUAGCAUAGUGCAACAUAAAGCGGGUUUUGUUUUGCGAAAGUACACAGAUCCUUCACAUCUCAUCAAGGCCAUGCGAAUACUUAACAGUAUUUGUAAAUCCGUGGAACCGCUGCUGGAUGAUAUAGAUUUUUGGAGAACAUCUUAUGAGUACAAAAUCCCUGUGAAUGCAGCUGAGGCCGCAGUUUUAGCUGCUAUCCUAUUGGCUCAGCAAACAAAAUCGAAAGUUAUCAUCGUACCGACUGUGUCCGGUAAAACUGUAAGACAGGUGGUCCAUAUGUGCCAAGAUUUAUUUGUUAUAGCAAUAACGUCAACUCCACUACGAGCCAAGCAAUUACAACUUUAUAGAGGAGUUCUUGCAAUUAUUUAUGACAAAAAGUGGUCGAGAAAUUGGGACGAAGAAAUGGACGCUCGUAUAAAAUUUGCAGUUGCGUACGGCUGUAAAUUUGAAGUCCUAACACAUGGUGCAAAUUACGUGGUUUUGAGGAAAAGCCAACAAUCCUGUUCUUACAGUGAUCAUGUCAGCUCUUCGUCUGUACUUACUGAGGAAGAAAUAAUGAUAAUGCAAAUGGCGUCUACGAAGGCUUAUAAGAACUUUGAACAUAUGAUAUGCCCUGAAUAGGCUGUAUAAGUUAAGCGGUAGACUUAAAUAUCCACAGGAGUGCGUACAGCUACUGCAAUGCAUUUAUAUUAAUUUUAAUAAAAUAGUAUGCAAUUUUUUA